AUGUCUUCCUGCAGGCAGGUCUGCAACUAUGGCAGCUACUCGCCCUGCGACGUGAGGUGCCCCCCGCCAUAUGCGAAUGCCUGGAACCAGCCCUGCAUCACCUCCUGCGGGGAUUCCCGUGCCGUGGUCUACCCACCACCCGUGGCCAUCGUCUUCCCGGGCCCCAUCCUCAGCUCCUGCCCUCAGGAGAGCGUAGUGGGCACCUCAGCCCCACUGGGUCUGGGCAGCUCCUUUGGCUACGGGAGCUCCCUGGAUGCCCAGAGCUCCUUCGAUUCCGGUGUCUUCCUGGGUGGCAGGUACUCCUACCCCUGCUAUUCCCGCAGAUACACAACUUACCGUCGUGGGAGCUGCGGGCCCUGCUAA